GGAACCACCCGGUCCACCCCCCGUCCACCUAAGGUACCUUUACUGCGUAGACCCAGAGAGAAACACUGGAACCCCCCCUGCUUCCAAGCACAGGUUCCUGUCUUCUGUGUGAGACAGCAGCUGCCAGCCUCGCACUUCCCAGCUGGCGUGUUUGCUGCGUGUUGGUUCCUGACGACAAUCGCCCAUUCCCUCGCGCUUCCCCCCGGCCCAGGUUCCUUUACCCAAUUCCAACUCUCCAAUCUUCAGAUCCGCGUCACAAUCGAGCCUCAAUUCAUCUCCUUCGUCCUUUUGGCGUGCUCUGUACUACCUCCAUCACUCUUGACCUUUGCAAAUACGUAAUAAUGGCUCCGCAAUCCGCGAUUCCGCCUUCCCUACCUCCCUCCGUCGAAGAGGCCUACCGGCGAAAAUGCAUCCAGCUCAAGCAGCGCACCGGCGAGGUCGAGGAGGAGAACGACGCGACCCGCGUCCGCCUCGCCCGGAUUCGACGACAAAUUGAGAAGCUGCGGAUGGAGAGAGCCUUCCUGCUCGAACAGCUGGCCAAGAGAACCAGCGCCAACGUGGAGGAUUCAGACGGCAGCCCGAGCCCGCCCCCGACUCCGCAAGAAAAGCCUCUGCGUACGAAACGCGGUCACCGCAAGCCCUCCGUCCUGGCCGAGAUCGACUCGGCCGCAAAGGCCAGCUCCAGGCCCCUCAGCCAGACCGCCGCCACCGUCUCGCCCAGCUCCGAGACCUUUUCCCACACCCAGGGCGGCGACGCGACCCAGGGCACCGAUACCCAGGCGUCUGCGCGCACCAACGGCGUCGCGAAGCCGCCCAAGCGCCCCGGGAACGCGUUCGAGCUGUACUGCGCCGACACGCGGCCCGCUCUCGAAGAGAAGAACAAGGACGACGCCGAUGCCAACAUUGAAGAGGAGCUCGCCCGCGGCUGGAAGGAUCUCCCCGAGGGCGAAAAAGAGGAGUUCCAGACCCGCUCCGAGGAGGAGAUGGCCAAGUACCAAAAGGAAAAGGAUGCCUUCGCGGCCAAGAGCAAGAGCGCCGAGGCCAAGGAUGAAGACGAGGAAGAGCGCGAAAAGUCACCAGAGCCCGCACCAGCUGCGUCACAGGAUGAGGACGUGGAGAUGACCAACUACGAUACCGAGGAGCAGGCAGACGACACGCCCGCGGCCGACGAUAAGGACGACAAGGCGGAUGACUGAUGGGCACCCAGCACAUGCUUCCGUGUAAACAGGUAUUUUGGCGUUGGGGAGGGGCUUUGCGGGU